GAUUCCGUUGUGCGCCUGCGCACUUGUGGCUCCCUUCAGACCGGACAUAACGGUCCACGCGCUGCUUCAUGGACCGGAAGUAGAGGGGAAGUGUCGCGGGGCGCUCCGGGCCUUGCUGAACGCCGGCAGUUCCUGCCGUUGCCGCCGCCCUCGGCUACUGCCGAGGCCUUCCAAAGCCGCCAUGUCCGCCAGCGCCGUCUACGUACUGGACCUGAAGGGCAAGGUGCUCAUCUGCAGGAACUACCGUGGGGAUGUGGACAUGUCAGAGGUGGAGCACUUCAUGCCCAUUCUGAUGGAGAAGGAGGAGGAGGGCAUGCUGUCACCUAUCUUGGCCCAUGGUGGUGUUCGUUUCAUGUGGAUUAAGCACAACAACCUGUACCUGGUUGCCACUUCAAAGAAGAAUGCUUGUGUGUCACUGGUGUUCUCCUUCCUCUACAAGGUGGUGCAGGUCUUCUCCGAGUACUUUAAGGAGCUGGAGGAGGAGAGCAUCCGAGACAACUUCGUGAUCAUCUAUGAGCUGCUAGACGAGCUCAUGGACUUCGGCUACCCACAGACCACCGACAGCAAGAUCCUGCAGGAGUACAUCACUCAAGAAGGCCACAAGCUGGAAACGGGGGCUCCUCGGCCCCCAGCCACUGUCACCAAUGCUGUGUCCUGGCGCUCAGAAGGCAUCAAGUAUCGGAAGAAUGAAGUAUUCCUGGACGUCAUUGAGGCCGUUAACCUCUUGGUCAGUGCCAAUGGCAACGUGCUACGUAGUGAGAUUGUGGGUUCCAUCAAGAUGCGGGUCUUCCUCUCAGGCAUGCCUGAGUUACGCCUGGGCCUCAAUGACAAGGUCCUCUUCGACAACACAGGCCGAGGGAAGAGCAAGUCAGUGGAGCUGGAGGAUGUGAAGUUCCACCAGUGUGUGCGGCUGUCACGUUUUGAGAAUGACCGCACCAUCUCCUUCAUCCCACCUGACGGAGAGUUUGAACUCAUGUCCUACCGCCUCAACACCCACGUGAAGCCUUUGAUCUGGAUUGAGUCCGUGAUUGAGAAGCAUUCCCACAGCCGAAUCGAGUACAUGGUCAAGGCCAAGAGCCAGUUCAAGCGGCGCUCAACAGCCAACAAUGUAGAGAUCCAUAUACCAGUCCCCAACGACGCCGAUUCACCCAAGUUCAAGACUACAGUGGGGAGUGUCAAGUGGGUCCCCGAGAACAGUGAGAUCGUGUGGUCCAUCAAGUCCUUCCCGGGUGGCAAGGAGUACCUGAUGCGGGCCCACUUUGGCCUUCCCAGUGUGGAAGCCGAAGACAAGGAGGGCAAGCCUCCCAUCAGUGUCAAGUUUGAGAUCCCCUAUUUCACUACCUCUGGCAUCCAGGUGCGCUACCUGAAAAUCAUUGAGAAGAGCGGGUACCAGGCCCUGCCCUGGGUACGCUAUAUCACACAGAAUGGAGAUUACCAGCUCCGGACCCAGUGAGAGGCCUCUGCAGCCAGCCCAGCCCACCCAGCCUCAGGGCACACCUGCCACACUCACCAAAACCGAAGCUGAAGGGUGGGCCUGGACACACAGCCACCCUCCUCCCAAGCCUGAGAGGACUCACACAGAACCCCUUCCCCAGUCCCAUUCUGAUCCAGGGUGGGAAGGAAGGGCCUGCCAGCCUCCCCCAGGGACAAGCCAGCUGGAGCUGAGCUCCUGGUGCCUCAUGACUGGCCACCCACCACCCUGUAGACACCAUCCCUGCCCACCACCGGAGCCUCCUUCUGUUGCCAUUUUGCUGAGCAUGUUAGUCAUUGUCAUUGUCAUCUGUGGCUGUCCCUCACCUUUCUUCAAGUGUCCUGUGCAGCUGCCAUGCUGCACUUCAUGAGAGCAGCUGUCCCCUAUCCACACUGGUCUGUGUGCAGGAUAGUUGCUGUGCCUGGGCCAGCUGUGCCUCCCUUGCCAGCCCUUGACCACAUCAGUGUUUUCCUGGAAGGGAACAUGGCCUCAGCCUUUGCCCCAAAGUUCCUGGGCAGGCCAGGCUACCCUCACUGUACAAGGCCUCGUCCUCCACCAUGUGUGUGUGACAGUUACAUUAAAGUCCAUUUGUUACAUCUGC